GGUUAGUGUGAGGAGGUAGCACCUGUGAUAGGAAAGGAACAGGGGUCGCUCUCCAGGCAUUGCCUCCUGCCCCGCCUGUGCUUCAGCGCUCCCUCUGGCCCAGGCUGCCUUCAGAGUUCCUAACUGGGCUUUCUAAUGCCGAAAGCCGAAAGCCGGUGUUCCAAGAUCUACCUCUCCGGGAACCCCAGCUCCGGCACACUUUUCUCUUAGGGGGUCCCUGAAGUCCCAACGUUGGGACUCAUAAUUUUCCAUGUAUUGACGCUCACCUUGCCCCAGUCUGUUCUCAAUCUCAGGCUUUUAUUUGCCCGUCGGUUUGUCCAUCCGGCUUUGGAGCUGAAGUUGGAGGAAGGCAGCUAACAUCCGGUUGCACGGAGGCACGGAAACUGGGCUCAGGAGAGCUGAAGCACCGCUGGCCCACCGGGACCUGGCGAUCCUUUCGGGUCCCCGGCGGUGGUCGUGCAGUCACUUGGCCCGAGGACGCGUGGCGGAGUGGGUUGCAGCAAAGCCACUGUUUUGCAAUGCACAGUGUUGAAAGCCUGAGCUCGCCGCUGCACUCCGUUCUGAGGGAGGAGGCUGAGUGUCCAGCAGCUCCCUGCGACCGACAUUUGGCUAAUGAGCAAAGUGUCGAGGUCAUCGAGCGAGGCAGAGGACAUCUGGGAAACAGAGGAUGACAUGAUCGAAGGUGACCUAGGCUAUGGCCUCGGAAGAAAACCCGGUGGUAUUUAUGAAGUUCCAUGUUCGAUUAUAUCUAAGAAAAGGUCAGAUGGAAAGAACCCAAGCCCUCCUCCGUUUCCAAGAAAGGGAGAAGAAAGAAGUGAAACCAGUUUCCAGUAUUCCAGGAGUAAGGGCUUUCAAGAUACAAGCGCUCAGGGAUACAGAGCAUCCAGACUGAGCAGCACAGAUUCUAACUCAGAAUUGUCGGACGAACGGUUAAGGCGACGUCUUCAUGAAGCUUUAGAGGAAGUAGAGAUUUUAAAAACGGAACUUGAAGCGUCUCAAAGACAACUUGAAGGUAAAGAGGAAGCAUUGAAAAUCCUCCAAAGCAUGGCAAUGCUUGGCAAAGCCACAAGCCACACACAGACAAUGCUUCAAAAAACUAUAGAACAGAAGAGAUCUCUGGAGAAGGAAAUAAAUGCCUUGCAGUGGGAAAUGGAAUUUGAUCAGGAUAGAUUUAAAAAUAUAGAAGAAUCUUGGAUCCAGAAAUAUGACAGGCUAAACUGUGACAAUGCAGUCCUCAGAGAGAAUCUGAAGUUGAGAACAGAGGAGAUGAAGAUGCUAAAGUCUGAGAAUGCUGUUUUGAAUCAGCGGUACUUGGAGGCCCUCGCCAUGCUUGAUAUCAAGGAGCAGAAGAUGGGUCAGGAGGAGAGUGGCUUUACAGAGGUAUCAGGUCUCGAGCUUGCAGUCCUUGGAGCCUGUCUGUGUCAUGGUCCUGGAGGGAGCCCCUGUUCUUGUGCCAAAAUGGCAGCAUCCACUCGGAAACUGGUUCUUCAGCUCAGACAUGAGUUGGAAACUCUGCAGAAGAGCAAGGAAGAGGCGCACAUAACGGCAGAUGCAUUCAGGAUUGCUUUUGAGCAACAGUUAAUGAGGAAAAAUGAGCAGGCGCUGAGACUGGCUGGAGGGGACCUGUGUAGAAGAGCGGCAACGUGGAUCAACAGACAACACCAGGCAGACUAUGGAUAUCCGGCACAAAGGAGAAAGAAGACCUUAGGGCAAAGACUACUGGGGAUACUCCCUUCGGAAAACAGUUCCAAGGGCGCUGAAGACCAAGACAAUACGCAAGAGGUCCUGAAGAUGCUGAUAGAGUUGCUGAAUGAUAAAGAGGAAGCCCUUGCACACCAGAGAAAGGUUAGUUAUAUGCUUGCUCGGGCGCUGGAAGACAAAGACGCUGCCUCAGAAAGGAAUAAAGAAAAAACCCCCAUGAGCCAGACCUUCCCAUUCAAAACGGCCUGGCAGGAUGCUUCGGAGCUCUGUGGUCUGCGUGAUCCAGUACAGUCAAACCACAUUUCUGAACCCGUGGGUUGCAUCUGUUCAAUACAGCAUCCUCCAAAAGUUUCAGACUGCCCAAGAACUCUUAAAAGAUCCUGUUCUUUGCCAUCAACUUUAUUUUACAAGUAAACCACUUGAAGUUAGAAUUAAGAGAUUCUUAAAAGUCAGAUGUUGGAGCUGGAAGCGGAGCUCAGAGGUAGACAUUUGGUUAGCGUGCCUGAGGCCUGGGGUCAGCGCAUGGUGGUGCACGCCUUUAACCCUGGCACUCAGGAAGCAGAGGCAGGCAAUCUCUGACUUUGAGGCCAGUCUGGUCUACAGAGAGAGUUCCAGCACAGAUGCUUCAUAAGGAAAUCCUGUCGUGGAAGAAUAAAACAAAAUCGCCUUGGGACUGAUGUUCAGCACUGCAAAGACUUUGUCAUGCCUGUAAAUCCCAGCACGUGGGAGGCUGAGGCAGGACAGCAACUGUAAGUUUGAGGGGUAACUAGAUUACAUUAAGACUGUUGCUAAAGCUGGGCGUGGUAGCGCACACACGCUCGGGAGGCAGAGGCAGGCUGAUUUCUGAGUUCGAGGCCAGCCUGGUCUACAGAGUGAGUUCCAGGACAGCCAGGGCUACACAGAGAAACCCUGUCUCGAAAAAAUAAAAUAAAAUUAAAAAAAAAACAAAACAAAACUGUUGCCAAAACAGAAGAACAACUAUGUAAAUGUCAAUAUUAAGAAGCUGUAUGCUUUCAAGGUGUUUUAAAAAUUUAUUAGCAUAGUAAUUUACAAGGUUGUAAGUUUCAUUAUGAUAUCUUAAUACACGCAAUAAUAUAUGUGUUUUGAUGACAUUCCUCCCUUUUAAUUUUAGGAUGCAGCUUAAGCAAGCAAACCCUUAACACAUGUAAUCCAAGAAAUGUCUUAAUAUUUGUGUUGACAUUUUUUAUAAACUAAUUUCCAUAUUUUA